CGUAGUACCAACUUGAAGCUUGCGGCGAGACAGACAAGCUCACAGCAGGUUGUCAGUGUCAGCCUCAAGUCUUUCUGGAAACAUGAGUGCUGGACGAAUAUUGGUGGCCGCUCAACUCUCAACCCUUUUCCCGUCCUCAAAUCCGCCAUCGGUUGUACUUCAGUCUUCGAGACAAACCCUACAAACGGUUUUGCAGCCUGACACGGAUGUCUACCCCGAACACGCAGUUUUCUCGUCCAUAUACCACACGCCACACACCGGGUCCAUCCUUCUGCGCGUUAUUCACGGAGGCUUGAUUGUGGAACUCAUCUCCCUGUCGGCGCUUGCUCCUCCGAUACGUUUCGUCUUCCCGGCGUCGGUCGUCUCAACACCCGCGGUCUGUUCUUGGGGCGAUCAGGAGUUGCAUCUGUUGGCGGUCACUGUUACUGGCUCUCUUUACCGUUUGGUAUUACCAACAACCAACCCAACUCGGCUGUGGCACGACGAAGUGGCGAGAAACUGGUGUAGGGAAUACAUCAUCAAAAACGCCUCGGACCUGUCUGGCAGUAUCGUUCACGUCCAGGGUCCGCAUGGUGUUGCGAUAGGGCUCGGAAAUGGUUCUCUUCUCAGAGUUGAAGUAGAACGCAUCGGCGAUACUGUUAGUGACGAUCUUUGGACAGAAACUGUCAGUCAACCCAAAUCACUGCUGGGCACGUUCACGUCCUACAUUCCCGGUUUUCACUCUGGCACCAACGCGGCCUCGGAAUUUCUUUGUGUGGCCGGUCUACCUGAACCCACUGAGUUCGGUUACAUAUGGACCCUUUCUCGUGAUCGUACUCUGCGUCUGUGGUCCGCUAGCCGCGGCUGUGUAGCUUCAAAACCCCUUUCACUCCACGCGCUCUAUCAGCCAAGUUCAGCGAGUGACAACAAACUUGUUUCACUUAACGGGGAAGCAGGCAACCUUCUGCGUGUAUACUCUCUUUCACCUAACGGUGACAAGUCAUUUGCUGUAGUCUUCACUCCAACGUCAGGCGGCCCACAUUGCGGUGGGUAUUUCCAGAUCGUGGACUCAUCACUAGAUCAGUUGCACGAACUCCGAACUGUCGAGUGUUCCCCCACGAGCGUCAAUUGCCAUUUACAGGAUUUCAUCCUUAAUGACGGUGUGCUAUACACGUUGUGGGAGCGUCACGGCACCUCGAUGGUUCAGUCAAUCAAGCUGGACGCAGGUAGCCUCAUGGCCGUGAAUGACGCAGCGUGGGAGACGUCUAACUAUGGCGAAGAGACUGACUUGACACCCGCAUUUCUUGAUGAAGUUCUCCUUGCUCCAGGCUCGUUGACGGAGAAAUUCAUGGAAGUCAUCCUCCGGCCUGGAAUUUUUUCGCCAUUAACGAUCCGUACAGCCUUGGAGCAAUACAUCGAUGCAUGCCUUUCUCUUCCCGGCCCACCUCCUCCAGAGCUAACCUCCUCCUACACCUCGGUAGCGGAGAAUAUUGUUGCUGUGGUGGGCUGCACUGUAACGCUAGUUCAAGAUCCUCAUACAGGAGCUACCCAGCAUGACCGCUACUGGAGCGCCUUGAAACGUGAUUGGGAAGGGUUCAUCGCUCGUUGUCGCGAAGUGGAACGCAGCGCUCGGUGGCCACUUGCGCUGAGUAAGGGCCAGCAUAGCGACGAGGUGAUCGCCGUCGAACGUGAACGAGUUAGUGUCCUUGCGAGGGAAGACUUGCCAAUUAUUGUCCAUCGACACCUCAGCGACUCUCUCCCAAUCGAAUCUCACUUCUCCGUCUUAGACAUUGCGUGGACACUCUGCUACAAAAUUGGAACGGAAGUUCUCCGAAAUAUGGAAAAUAGUAUCAUCGAUGUUCUGCACCAGGAAAUUGCCUUUUCCAUUGUUGACAUCAUGAUAGACCAAGUGCGACGGUCUGACCUCAGGGGGAUACUGGAUGAAGGCACACAAAAUUGGGUAGUAGCGAAGCUACAGGAAGUCGAAGAUUUGGAGAGGAGCAUCAAGAUUACCCUCGACCUUGCUGCUGGCUUUGACUUGGAGGUCAAGCGAGAAGAGGACGAGGUGGAACUGCUUUUGCCCCCGUCUCGGUCAGAGUGGAAGGCCGCAAUUGCUGCCGGUUACAUUUCCACUUCACUGAACGCUCGUUAUGACAUCUGUCUUGCGCUGAUAAUUUUACUAUUUUUCAUGGCGGAUGAUCUCGGGGAAUGGGACCCAUGCCUGCUGGAGGAUGUUUUUGCGGUAUUCCGAGGAUUGUCCAUGCUACGCUACGUUGCGGGACAGCCAACCGUGGAUCAAAGUCAUGAUCACCAGUCGUCACAAGCUGGGUCCACGGAUGACGUGAUCGCUCGUAUGGGCAGUAUGCAAGUUUCGGGGAAUCAGCCAAACUUUGCCCCGAUCCUUUCCCUUGCUCAUCGCCUGAUUUCACAGUCAAGCGAACAUGUUGAGCUGCCGAGUUCUGCCCACCGGUUCCUUGAUGAUACUGGGCUACUCCAAUCCACUUCUCCAGCGCAUGUCACUCACUUCGAGGCCUCAUUCUGCGAGCGUUUGCGAGACCUUGGUUAUUACCAGGCUGCCAGAGCAAUGCUUGCGUGGCUUCCCAGGACACCUGGUGUCACUUUCGUAACAGCUCGGCUGUUUAUCAACCUUGGCCGUGGUGACGACGCUGCCUAUUUAAUGGAAAAAGUUGCUGCAAGUUUUGGGCCGGAUAGCGGUUUAUCGUUUGAGGAUGCGGAAACUCUAUCUGCAGUUCUUCCUGGGAAGACAUUACACGAUUCGGAGUUCAUAUUCUAUUUGGAAGCAUCUUCAAUUUUCAGGGAGAACGGCCUUACGCAACAUGAGGUUGGGUUCCUUCAGCUUGCUUUAUCUGUAGCACCCCCAGGGAUCAACGCUCCUGACUUGUGGUAUGGACUCAUCCGUGGUCGUAUCGACCUAGGCUUUUGGGAAGAAGCGUAUUCGGCGAUCAUUGCAACACCUUUUAAUAGCGUGCGGAGGGAAUGCAUAUCGCAGUUGGUAUACCGCAUGUGCGAGGAGAAUGCUGUCGAAGAGUUGAUUUCGCUCAACUUUGCGGGCUUCAGUUCUGAAGUAGAUGACGCCCUUGCAUUUAAGGCACGCAACACGGAUCCUCGUGUUCGACCCUUCUAUUCGAGGAUAUUAUAUACUUGGUACACGUGUCGUGGAGACCAUCGAAGUGCUGCACGGACCAUGUACAUGCGGACGCAAAAGUUGCAGGAGAUCGAGAUCUCCAGUAGCCCCGCUGAAAUAAGCUCCUUAAUGGACGACCAGGCGGAAUCAUACUUGCUGGCUAUUAAUUCUCUCUCGCUUCUAGAAGAGAAGAAGGCUUGGUUCGUCGUGCAGACAUUCACAAAUAAUGUCCACGAGCUGGAGUCUAGAAAACGACAGAGACUGAUCCAGAAUCUCCCUUCUUCGAGCACAGGUAGCGGCUCGGAAAUAAUAGAUCUCCAUGCCCUUCGCUUCGAUUACGCACUGCUAUCUGCAAAGAAACACUUGAUACGCCGUGACCCAAUGUUGCUCACAGCCCCAGAAGCGCUGUUAUCACCGCAUUUUAUUAUCCAGCGGCUUGGACAAGCAAAUCAAUUUGACUUUGCAAUGGCAACAGCCCGUGCUCUGGACCUUGACAUGAGUGAACUAUUCGUCAUGCUUGCCAUGCAAUGCAUGCGACUAUCACGAAAUCCAGACGCUGUUUUGUUUCAGGAAGAAACCUCCGACUGGCUCCUGACAGAUAACUCUGCGUCGUGGCCCGGGUCGCCUGCGAAUCGAGGAUGGCGGUACCUCAAGAUGUCGCUGGAGCGUCAUGACGGGCUAGAAACAGACUAUAAAUAUAGCAAGGCAACAUUGGAAGCAAUACUCGCGCACGACAGGAGUUUGUCGCCACCGCCAUGGUUGUUGCACGUCUUAGAGGAUUACCAUCACGAAUAUCUCGUCCGGACAAGUCUUAAGUUCGAUGCAUUAGAAAGCGCACUUGAACACACACUCUCCCUCAUCCGAAAAGCCAACUUCAAACUGUCCCGUUCUGCAAAAAUGCCGGGGGUGACGUGGUUGCCCUACACGCUGAUCGACCAGGUGCUUGCCGCUUCAGCUGCCCAGGAUGACUUGGGCGCGCGUGGGCAAAUGCUGCGGAAGGAGUUGCAGACGGAAGUGAGCAAUCGCGUAAAGAGAACGCAGAAAGUCAGCCUGUCUUCAAAGUGACACAGAUUGUACUCGUACGGCGUCUUUGGCGCCACAACAGGAACAAGCAUUACUGUUGCAUAAUGUACAGCCGUGUGUAGGAUGUCGGGA